AUGGCAGCAGUCAGAGACAGUUUCCUCGACUUGGAAAAACAUCGUCUGCAACUCGAAGACUCCAUUGCUAAGCUGCAGAAGGCUUUGCAACACUGGCGAAAAUGGGACGCUGAGUACGAGUCCUUGAAAGAGGAGAUCGAGUCGGUUCCCCAGCCUGCCAGUCGAGAGGCUCUCGCGCGGAUUCGCAGAGACUUCGAGGGCGAGGUCGUCGACAAGAAGGAGAUCAAUGACCUGUUUGGCAGGAUCGAUCUGAAGCCUGCCGACCAGAUUGUCAACUUGCUUUCGCGUCGCAUCGACUAUGUUUCCAAGAACAUCGCGACUCUUGAGAAGCAGCUUGAGUCAGCGGAACAGAAGCACGCUGCCGCCAGCGUUGUCAGCAAUCCUGAUGUGCGGGACGAGGAUGGCUUGCCUAUAACAGAGAUCAUCGAGGAGCUCGACGAAGAGGGAAAUGUUGUAUCCAGUCGGCUGCAGCAGCCUGGCGACUCUAGCGCUCAGAUCAGGGAGAUCCUGGAGAAGGCAGGCGUCAAGGACAUCCCGGCCGGCAAGUCAUCACAGACGGUGAAGACACAGGGCAUCGUGGAAGAUCUUACCGACGAGCCUUCCCCUAAGGCAUCCGAGUCAAAAGCGCCAGCACAGGACCCCGCGCCGUCUGCAGAGGAGUCGCUCCUAGAGGCAGAGGUUGACGACGCUGUCUCAGUCAAGAAGUCCGUUUCCUUCGCGGAAGACACAAAGCCUCCGACAGAGCAACAGGUGUCAAGGAACGCUCAAAGGGUCGAAGAGAUCAUGCAGACCGCCAGGAGACAGGAAGAGAUCAGCCGUGAAGCGCCCGUCAUCCCCGAAGACGAGUCCGAGGAAGACGCUUUCCUCCGCCGAGAGAUGCUCAAGUACGGUAUGGAAGAGGUUGGCGCAGUGGUGGCUGAACUCAACCUCGAAGAUGGCUCUGGCGAUGACGAGGAUGACUGGGAGUACGAGUACUCUGAUCUUGAUGACGAUGAAGAAGACAAGUUUGGUCGGUCUACUUCCAGCGUCCUGGACGACGGGUACCAUGAGCGGAUGCUGGAGCUGGAGAAACGACUCGGAGUCAAGUCUCGCUUCACCGAGAAGUUGGAAGUAGACGGCCAAGACUCGGACGAAGACCAGCAAGGCAUCGGCCGUAUCAUCGUGAACCAAGGUGAUAAGGUCAAGUCCGUUGAAGCUGCCAAGACUUCGCCUACGACGUCCAUCUUGAGGACCUCUUCUCCACCGGACGCGGACGAAAGCAAGAAGAGUGUUCGCUUCGCACAGAGCCUGGACGUCGCUCCAGACACUGUUGCCGAAACUGCCGCCGCCCAGCCAAUUGUGCCGCAACCACCGCAAGAGCCCUUCGUGGAACCUCUCAGCGACAUCGUCGAGCGCACUGGUCCUGCCAAACAACCGGAGGUCAAGUCCACCCGCAAGGCGUCUCGCUUCAAGAAGCAGAAUGCAGCGCCAACUGUCGUUGAUGACGGCUUCGUUCCAAUGGGCCCACGCGAUGUGCCAUCACGCUUCAUCGACCAAGACAGGCCCACAGCCCCGACGGGACCUGAGGGGAAGACACUGGCAGAUACGGUCGUCGAGAAGGAGAGCAAGCCUCAGGACGAGAACGCAUUUGAUGAGGACUUUAUCGACCAGGAUCUUGCCGACGAGUAUCACCGACAACGGCGAAACUUCAUCCAGAAGCAGGGCGGCUUCCUCCAAGAGGACACGUCCGUGGUCCGGCCUCUCGACGAAGCUGAUGGUGGUCAGCGGAUCAGUAAAUUCAAAGCUGCCCGCCUCUCUAAACAUUGA